AAAGCCCAUUUCGUUGACUCGAGAAUACCUAUAUACACACGCACCUCUUCCUACCUCAAAACCCUAAUCGUACUCUCGUCUCUAAAAUCUCCAAGGGAUUAUCAUUGAAAUCAAAGGAAGACGAAAAUGUAUCUUCAGUGCUAUAUCAACGAGAAGGGCGAGAAAGUUUACACCACUAAGAAGGAAUCACCGCUUGGGACAGCCACUGAAUCUGCCCAUCCAGCCCGAUUCUCUCCUGAUGAUAAAUAUUCAAAGGAGAGAGUUUUGUUGAAGAAACGGUUUGGUCUUUUACCCACACAAGGCGCACCUGUCAAGUACUGAAGUCCAAGCUUCUUUUGGUUUUGAUGUUUUCUCUAUUAUUACUGCUAUGUUGUCUCUCUUGAUGAAAUGUUGACAUAAACCGUAGUGAGUUUAAGACUAAUUUUCAUGAACCUUAAAGAAUGAAAACUUAGAGAGUUGUUUA